AUGUUGAGCGGGAUACUGCUCUUCAAUCAGAAGGGCGAGAACCUCAUCUUCCGCGCUUUUCGUCCUGACUGUCGGCCGCGAUUGGCAGACAUCUUCCGCAUCCAAGUGAUUUCCAAUGCGCAGGUCAGGUCACCCAUUCUGACCCUGGGUUCAACCACAUUCAGCCAUGUGAAGCACGAGAACAUCUAUAUCGUGGCUGUCACGAAAAGCAACGCCAACGCCGCCGUGAUCUUCGAAUUCGUCUACCGAUUCAUUGCGCUGGGAAAGCAGUACUUCGGCAAGUUUGAUGAAGAAGCAGUCAAGAACAACUUUGUGCUCAUCUACGAGCUACUAGACGAAAUUCUCGACUUUGGCUACCCUCAAAACACCGACAUCGACGUCCUCAAGCUGUACAUUACUCCUGACAACAUCUCAUCCGCUAUUCGAUCCGUCUCCGCACCUGCCGCCGACACCUCCAAAAUCACAAUGCAGGCGACGGGCGCACAGUCGUGGCGUAGAGGGGACAUCAAGUACCGAAAGAAUGAGGCGUUUGUGGACGUAAUCGAGGACGUCAAUCUGCUCAUGAGUGCCACCGGGACGGUCCUGCGCGCGGACGUGACGGGUCAGAUUGUCAUGAGGGCAUACCUCAGCGGCACACCAGAAUGUAAAUUUGGUCUCAAUGAUCAACUCGUGGUGGGCCACAUUGCACCAGGCAUGGACGGGCCCGUGGGAAAUCCCAAUACGAGACGAAAGGCCACCCGAGCUGCGGCUGGCUCUGUGACCUUGGAGGAUUGCCAGUUUCACCAAUGCGUCCAGCUCGGCAAGUUCGAGACGGACAGGACGAUCUCCUUCGUUCCGCCAGAUGGAGAGUUCGAAAUGAUGCGCUAUCGAGCCGUUGAGAACGUCAACCUCCCGUUCAAGGUCCAUGCUAUUGUUCGCGAAGUGGGGACUACAAAGGUCGAAUACAGUAUUGCCGUCAAAGCCAACUAUGGAAGCAAACUGUUCGCGACCAAUGUCGUGGUGAGGAUCCCGACACCCUUGAACACGGCGAACAUCACAGAAAGGACCACGCAAGGCAAGGCCAAGUACGAACCGGAAAGCAACUGCAUUGUGUGGAAAAUUGCACGAUUCGUUGGGGGCAGCGAGUUCGUCCUCAGCGCCGAAGCUCAUCUCACCAGCAUGACGAAUCAAAAAGCCUGGUCACGACCUCCCUUGAGCAUGAACUUUUCUCUGCUCAUGUUUACCAGCUCUGGGCUGCUGGUGCGUUACUUGAAGGUGUUCGAGAAGAACAACUACAGCAGUGUCAAAUGGGUCCGCUACAUGACCAAGGCCGGAAGCUACGAGAUACGAUUCUGA